AGGAAUAUUCUGAAUUGAGAAUUGAAAUUUGUUUCGGCAAACAUGGAGUAUAGACUAGGCAACAUUAACAUGAAAAUUGUAAUUUAUUUGACGUUCUACCUGUAUGUAGUUUUUACAGGUCAAUCUGAGGCUGAUUGUAUCUUUCCUUGUGGUUUUAGAAAUAAAACAUUUGAUCUGUAUGCCGAUGAUUCUGAGUUAUCCGGCCAAAUUUGGACGUUCAAUGCUGACGGAUCGGGAGCGACCUUCGUGGGUGAUCCUGUUAAUUGUUUUCAAAUAUCUGAACAGUUUCUCAUUCUCAGAAUAGAAAAAUCGCCAUAUUUUGUGUGUUUCCCAAUCUUUUACACAGACGGGCAAUCAAACUUUACAUUUGUCAUACAAGGUUUUGGCAAUUCUAAAGAAUUUGAGAAUGUACGUUCAGCUUUAAAUGAGUCUCAAUUGUGUGAAGUAUGCGGAGAAAACGGUGCUGAAAUAAUUACAGUCGUAGCAAUAGGUAAGGUUAUUCAUAUAAAUAAUUAUCAAUGAUCCCAACUGUUUAAC